AUGUCGCGGAAUAUCUCCCACGGGCGCGGAGGCGCAGGCAACAUGUUCGCCAAAGAUGCCCCGCCAACCCCUGAAGACCUGACCACGCCCACAAUCAAGCAGGAUUAUUACACGACCGGUCGCGGAGGCACGGGGAACAUGAUGCACAACGACAAGGAGCAUCCGGAAAUCGCGCGAGAGAGCCAGGAUGUCGAGGCACCGCCACUGCGAUUGGAAGAGGGGCGGCAUUUCACGGGACGAGGUGGUGUUGCAAAUGCAGUCAUCCCCACUCCAGAGGAAGAGAAGCAUCUCCAGGAACAAGAGCAAGAAUUGCGACGAGUCCUCACGGCACGAGCUGAUUCAAAAGAGCGCGCUGUCUCGAAGGAGCGGGCAAGAGAGAAGGAGAAGGAAAAGGAAAAGGAAAAGGAGGGAGAGAACGACAAGGACCAGGACAAGGAGCAUCAACACCAUCAUCAUCACCUUUAUCACCCUCUUCACUUGCACUAG